GAGAUGUUGUCGAAUGACUACCGGAAGUGAUUAAUGUUGACUCGCCAACCUCCACCCCUCUUACUCCACGCAUGUCGCUCCCGCUCCACGCGGGCGUGCCAGGAGUUAAAACGGCGGAACCGGAGGCAGCGUUUCGGGAAAUCGCGCGACCGCGUGCCAGCAGUCAAGAUGGCGGAAGCUGCAGCAGCAGCACCGGCCCCGGCGACAUCUGUGGAAGUGCGGCUCCCGGUUCCCCGCCCUCGCCUGGCUCAGAGCUUCUCCCGCGAGGCGGGCGAGCGGGACAAGGACCUGGUGGCCCCGGGGGACACCAUCACCACCGACCCAGGAUACAUGAGAGGCCAUGGGACAUACCUGGGAGGCGAGAAGCUCAUUGCCUCUGUGGCUGGUGUUGUGGACAGGGUGAACAAGCUGAUCUGUGUGAAAGCUUUGAAAACAAGAUACAAUGGCGAAGUUGGUGAUAUUGUGGUUGGACGAAUCACAGAGGUUCAGCAGAAACGGUGGAAAGUCGAGACCAAUUCCAGGCUGGAUUCUGUCUUGCUCCUUUCAUCCAUGAAUCUUCCAGGAGGGGAGCUGAGGCGGAGAUCAGCAGAGGAUGAACUGGCAAUGCGAGAUUACCUGCAGGAAGGGGACCUUAUCAGUGCAGAAGUCCAAGCGGUGUUCUCUGAUGGGGCUGUAUCGCUGCACACACGGAGUCUGAAAUACGGAAAGCUUGGCCAAGGUGUGCUCGUCCAGGUGUCCCCUUCCCUCGUGAAGCGGCAGAAGACCCAUUUCCAUGACUUGACUUGUGGGGCUUCUGUUAUCCUUGGCAACAAUGGGUUCAUUUGGAUCUACCCAACGCCCAAACAGAAGAAUGAGGAGGCUGGGGGAUUCAUCACCAACCUGGAGCCAGUGCCCUUGUCUGACCGUGAAGUGAUUUCCCGACUCCGGAACUGCGUUGUGGCUCUGGCAGAGCAGAAACAGAUGCUCUAUGACACCAGCAUCCUCUACUGCUACGAGGCCUCCCUUUCUCAUGAGCAGAUCAAGGACCUUCUCAAGCCAGAGGUGAUGGAGAAGAUUGUGCUGGAGACGCGUCAGAGACUGCUGGAACUGGAGGGGUGAUUGGAGAGGGAAAGUGGCGAGGCAGUGAUGGUCCUUUCUUUUCAGGGAUCUAGCCUCCCCAAUGUGUUUUUUUUUUCCAGUGUGAGAUUCCAUUACAAAUUCCAUACCAAAUAGAAAAGGGGGGACUGUGGAAACAAUGAGAACUUUUACUUAAGAAUCUUGGUAUCAUUUGUUAUCCUGUGGCCCUCCCAAUGAGGCUGGACUACAGUUCACACUACCACCCCCCAACCACUAGCUGUACUGCCUGCAGGGGCUGAUAAGUUGGGCUCCAGCAGGAUAGGAGUCCAACAGUUUCUCAAUGGCUACUGCUUCCUCAGCCCCUGACCUAGCCGAAAUGCAGCAUCACAUUCCUCUACAUGUAGCCAGCAUCGUAAAAAGCAUCUGUAAUACUGUGGAUGCUUCAAGCUAUGUGUGUGUGCGGGGUGGGGUGGGGGAAAUUAUUUCUUUAUUUUUACUGGAGAUAUUUCAAUAA